UUUAAUUAAUGAAUAAUCCAGAAGUAAUUUAUGCAAACCUUACAGGAGAUUCAGAGCGUAACAAUUUAUCAUUAUGAAAUAGCCUUCGUUACUGAUAGCUUAUGUGUAAAUUGCGAAUAACAAGGCAAAACUACAAUAUUAUUGACUAAAAUACCCAUGUUCUCUAACAUUAUUAUUGUCUCUUUUGAUUGUGAACAGUGUGGAUAUAAAAAUAAUGAAGUGUAAUUUGGUGGAGAAAUCAAAGAAAAGGGAAUUAAACUGCAUUUAAAAGUCAAUGAACCUAAAGUAAAGAUUAUUUAGAUAAUUUUAGGAUCUCCAAAGACAGAUCAUCAGAUCAGAGUUCUGUAAAGCUUUGAUUCCAGAACUAGAGUUUGAAAUGCCAUCCAAUAAGAAGAGCAGUAUCAAUACUUUAGAGGGAUUCCUUUAAAAUAUUAUUGAUGACUUAUCACAUGAUCAACCAAUUAGAAAGUAUACAUAGGUGGAAGUCCAUGAUCGAAUUGAAUAUAUCAUUGGAAAAUUAAAGGAAUUCAAGGAGGGUUAAGGAUUACCCUUUCAUUGGAUAUUGGAGGACCCCUCUGGAAAUAGUUUCAUCUAAAAUCUAAAUGAACUCUAAGAAGAUCCCUCACUUAAAAUUCAACAUUACAUAAGAACAAUCGAAGAGUUGGAGGCUAUGGGAUAUAGUGCUGAGAAUUAAAAAUAAGAGGUUCAGCAAAUACAGCAAUAAUAAUAAGUCAUUGCUGAUCCAAUUCACUAAGGGGCUGAAUAAAUAUAAGCUGGUGGAUAGAAUUUUGCUUAGCCUAUUGAGGAUUCUGUUAAAAAUGAAUCUAUCAAUAUUCCCACACCGUGUAAUGUUUGUAAAGAAAUGGGAGAAAACAAAAUGUGCACUGUCACUAUUCCUCAUUUUAAGGAAAUUCUUAUUAUGAGUUUCAAUUGUGGGUUUUGUGGAUUCAAAGACACAGAAGUUAAAGCAACUGGUGAGAUCACUAAACAAGGUAAAAUCAUAGAAUUGAAAUUUGAAAAUGAAAAUGACUUAUGCAGAGAUGUAUUUAAAUCAGAUACUGCUAAAUUGAUUAUUCCUGAUAUUGAAUUGGAACUUGGAACUGGCACUUUGGGUGGUGUGUAUUCAAAUGUCGAGGGAUUAUUAGAAUAAAUUCUUACACGUUUAAGGGAUAAUGUAAUUGUUAUAAUUUAAUAGUAGAAUCCAUUUGUUGGAGAUAGUGCGGAUGAGGAUUAUAAGAAAAAGAUGGAAUCAAUAUUUUAGAAAUUGGAGGAAUUCAAGUCAGGAAAAUCCAAGUUUACUCUAAUCAUAAGGGAUUUAGUUGAAAACAGUUUCAUUCAAAAUCCCUUCUACCCAAAUGAAGACAAUUAAGUCAAAAUCACUCUCUUUGACAGAACCGCAGAAGACAAUGAUGAAUUAGGAAUAGAUACAAUGAAGACCGAAAAUUAUCAGAAUUGAUCAAAAAUUUAUUAUUUAUUUUAAUGACUAUUUCAUAAGAGAAAGCAAC